CGGAUGGCCCCGAGUGCGUGCUCCUCUUUCUUUCCCUCCUCUGCUUUCCUUCCUCCGCUCCACCCCGGCCUUUCUUUCCUAGCGGCGACGACAGUAAUAGCGGCCACUCUGGCAGGGUCUUCGUAAGGCGCGAUUCGUCGGCGACGAGCAUCCGACUGAAAGAUGAUUAAUCUUUUCAAAAUAAAGGGUCAAAAGAAAGAAGAGGCGGCAAGUGCUGCUGGAAAGGCCCCUGUUAAGAAGCAGUCUGCUGGGGAGCUCCGCCUCCAUAAAGAUAUUAGUGAGCUCAACCUACCAAAGACGACAUCGAUUUCUUUUCCCAAUGGCAAGGAUGAUCUAAUGAAUUUUGAGAUCAUCAUCCGACCUGAUGAAGGAUAUUACAUGGGAGGCACUUUCGUUUUCACCUUUCAAGUGUCCCCAUCUUAUCCUCAUGAACCUCCGAAGGUCAAGUGCAAGACCAAGGUGUACCAUCCAAAUAUUGAUUUGGAAGGCAAUGUAUGUCUGAACAUUCUGCGUGAAGAUUGGAAGCCUGUUCUUAACAUCAACACUGUUAUUUAUGGCCUGAAUCUUCUUUUUACGCAACCAAACGAUGAGGAUCCGUUGAACCACGAAGCUGCGGUUGUCCUUCGUGACAACCCAAAGAUGUUUGAGGCAAAUGUUAAAAGAGCGAUGGCUGGAGGCUACGUGGGCCAACACUAUUUCCCAAGAUGCGCUUGACUUGAUGGUGCUGGCUGCGAAACGAUAUCUAGUGCCGCCUUAAGCCAUCUGGGCUCCUUGUAUUAGCACCAGCGCGCCCAGCUUUGCUGAUUUGUGUGGUUCUCAGUGCGCGGGAAGUGCUUCUGGAAGCAAAAUUGAAAUCGCCCAUGGCGUGAUGUGCCUGUUUGCCCGUCCUUCCUUGUGAAUGUGUUUAACACCCGUAAAUUAAAUUUGGUGAUGAGGUGGUGGUACAGAUGACAAGGAUAUGUAUCUGAAUGAACUGUAUAAUUUGAUAAAUCCUAAAUGAUGAAUGGGAAAUGAAUUUAUAAGAAAAUUGUUUUCUUU